AGUUCAGGUUUAUGUGUGUGCAUUUCUUUUUUAUUAUUAUUAAAUAAACAACUUGGAGGGAGUUGAAGGAAUGGUGGCUGCCUUCCUGGCUCAUGAUGGGGAGUUUGGGGGAAAGUGGCUUCUCCAGAGCCAGCAUCAAAGAAUCAAGCACUGAAGACAUAGCUGGCUCUGAGGUGGGGUGGGUGCGGGAUCACAGACUGUAUGUCAUCCCCUUGCUCUCACCCCUGCAACUCUGGGGUAUAUCUCUGUCUAGCAACGAUGUCUCAUGGCGUGACAGACUAGAGGAUACACAUCCCUGGAAUGUGAGUCAACAGGAAAGAUGGGGCCCCACGCCCUUUAGGCCUCCUGAAUGAUGCCAGCCCAGUAUGCUCUAACCUCCAGCCUGGUUCUCCUGGUGCUGCUGAGCACAGCCAGAGCAGGCCCCUUCUCUUCACGGUCCAAUGUGACACUGCCAGCCCCCCGGCCCCCUCCCCAGCCAGGGGGCCGCACAGUGGGGGCCGGAGGGGGAAGCCCCUCUUCUCAGCUUUACGAGCACACAGUGGAAGGAGGGGAGAAGCAGGUGAUAUUCACCCACCGCAUUAACCUGCCCCCUUCCACUGGCUGUGGCUGUCCCCCAGGCACUGAGCCCCCAGUUCCUGCUUCAGAGGUGCAGGCCCUGAGGGUCCGGCUAGAGAUCCUGGAGGAGUUGGUGAAGGGGCUCAAGGAACAGUGCACUGGGGGAUGUUGUCCUGCCUCUGCCCAGGCUGGCACAGGUGAGCAGGUGAUCACAGAAGAGGGUCAGACAGAUGUACGGACCCUCUGCAGUCUCCAUGGUGUGUUUGAUCUGAGCCGCUGCACCUGUUCCUGUGAGCCAGGCUGGGCUGGGCCCACCUGCUCAGACCCCACAGAUGCUGAGAUCCCUCCCUCCUCCCCACCCUCAGCCUCGGGGUCCUGCCCAGAUGACUGCAAUGAUCAGGGUCGCUGUGUCCGCGGUCGUUGCGUGUGCUUUCCCGGCUACACUGGCCCCAGCUGUGGCUGGCCAUCCUGUCCUGGGGACUGCCAAGGCCGUGGGCGCUGCGUGCAGGGCGUGUGCGUGUGCCGGGCAGGCUUCUCAGGCCCCGACUGCAGCCAGCGCUCCUGCCCUCGGGGUUGCAGCCAGAGGGGACGCUGUGAGGAUGGGCGCUGCGUGUGUGACCCAGGCUACACUGGCGAGGACUGUGGGGUGAGGAGCUGCCCUCGCAGUUGCAGUCAGAGGGGGCGCUGUGAGAAUGGGCGCUGCGUGUGCAACCCCGGCUACACUGGCGAGGACUGUGGAGUGAGGAGCUGCCCUCGGGGCUGCAGCCAGCGGGGACGCUGCGAGGACGGGCGCUGCGUGUGUGACCCCGGCUACACUGGCGAGGACUGUGGUACGCGGAGCUGCCCCUGGGACUGUGGCGAGGGCGGGCGCUGCGUGGACGGCCGCUGCGUGUGCUGGCCCGGGUACACAGGCGAGGACUGCAGCACGCGGACAUGUCCGAGGGACUGCCGGGGCCGCGGGCGCUGCGAGGACGGCGAAUGCAUUUGCGACACGGGCUACAGCGGGGACGACUGCGGCGUGCGCAGCUGCCCUGGCGACUGCAACCAAAGGGGCCGCUGCGAGGACGGCCGCUGCGUGUGCUGGCCGGGGUACACUGGACCCGAUUGCGGCUCGCGCGCCUGCCCACGCGACUGUAGAGGUCGCGGGCGCUGCGAGAACGGCGUGUGUGUUUGCAACGCGGGCUACAGCGGCGAGGACUGCGGUGUGCGCAGCUGUCCCGGGGACUGUCGUGGCCGAGGCCGCUGUGAGAGUGGCCGCUGCGUGUGUUGGCCGGGGUACACAGGCCGGGACUGCGGCACGCGCGCCUGUCCUGGCGACUGCCGCGGGCGCGGGCGCUGCGUGGAUGGCCGCUGCGUGUGCAACCCGGGCUUCACCGGUGAGGACUGUGGGAGCCGUCGCUGUCCCGGGGACUGCCGUGGGCACGGCCGUUGCGAGGAUGGCGUGUGCGUGUGUGAUGCAGGCUACUCAGGGGAAGACUGCAGCACGCGCAGCUGCCCCGGGGGCUGCCAAGGCCGCGGCCAGUGCCUAGAUGGGCGGUGUGUGUGCGAGGACGGCUACUCUGGCGAGGAUUGCGGUGUGAGGCAGUGCCCGAAUGACUGCAGCCAGCACGGCGUGUGCCAGGACGGUGUGUGCAUCUGUUGGGAAGGCUACAUUGGUGAGGACUGCAGCAUCCGCACCUGCCCCUCCAACUGCCACGGGAGGGGCCGCUGUGAGGAAGGGCGCUGCCUGUGCAACCCAGGCUACACUGGCCCCACCUGUGCCACCCGCAUGUGCCCAGCUGACUGCUGGGGACGUGGGCGCUGUGUGCAGGGAGUGUGCCUGUGCCACGUGGGCUAUGGCGGUGAGGACUGCGGGCAGGAAGAGCCUCCAGCCAGCGCCUGCCCUGGAGGCUGCGGGCCCCGGGAACUGUGCCGGGCAGGCCAGUGUGUGUGUGUAGAGGGCUUCCGAGGCCCUGACUGUGCCAUCCAGACAUGCCCAGGGGACUGCCGUGGCCGAGGAGAGUGUCACGAUGGCAGCUGUGUCUGCAAAGAUGGGUAUGCUGGCGAAGACUGCGGGGAAGAGGUGCCAACCAUUGAGGGCAUGAGGAUGCAUCUCUUGGAGGAGACAACAGUUCGGACAGAGUGGACCCCAGCUCCUGGCCCUGUGGAUGCCUAUGAAAUUCAGUUCAUCCCUACGACAGAGGGGGCGAGCCCCCCAUUCACAGCACGGGUUCCAAGCUCUGCCUCAGCCUAUGACCAGAGAGGACUGGCCCCUGGACAGGAGUACCAGGUCACUGUCCGAGCCCUUCGAGGGACCAGCUGGGGCCUUCCUGCCUCCAAGACCAUCACCACCAUGAUCGAUGGGCCCCAGGACCUCCGAGUGGUGGCUGUGACGCCAACAACUCUGGAGCUUGGCUGGCUGCGUCCCCAGGCCGAGGUGGACCGAUUUGUGGUGUCCUACGUCAGUGCCGGCAACCAGAGGGUGCGGCUGGAAGUGCCCCCUGAAGCAGACGGGACGCUGCUGACUGACCUGAUGCCAGGCGUAGAAUAUGUGGUGACUGUCACAGCGGAGCGGGGCCGGGCAGUCAGCUACCCAGCUUCUGUCAGGGCCAACACAGGGUCCUCACCCUCGGGCCUCUUGGGGACUACCGAUGAGCCUCCUCCCUCAGGCCCCUCAACGACGCAAGGGGCCCAGGCUCCUCUCCUGCAGCAGCGCCCCCAGGAGCUGGGAGAGUUGAGGGUGCUGGGCAGAGAUGAGACAGGGCGCCUCCAUGUGGUCUGGACCGCCCAGCCUGACACCUUUGCCCACUUCCAACUGCGCCUGCGGGUGCCCGAGGGGCCAGGGGCACAUGAGGAAGUGCUGCCAGGGGACAUCCGCCAGGCUCUGGUGCCUCCACCCCCUCCUGGAACCCCGUAUGAGCUGUCACUUCGUGGGGUCCCUCCUGGGGGCAAGCCCUCUGACCCCAUCAUCUACCAAGGCAUUAUGGACAAGGAUGAGGAGAAGCCUGGGAAGUCCUCAGGCCCACCACGCCUGGGUGAGCUGACAGUGACAGACAGGACCUCCGACUCCUUGCUUCUGCGCUGGACAGUCCCCGAGGGCGAGUUUGACUCCUUUGUGAUCCAGUACAAGGACAGGGACGGGCAGCCCCAGGUGGUGCCCGUGGAGGGACCCCAGCGCUCGGCCGUCAUCACCUCCCUGGAUCCUGGCCGCAAGUACAAAUUUGUCCUGUACGGGUUCGUUGGCAAGAAGAGGCAUGGUCCCCUGGUGGCUGAAGCCAAGAUGUUGCCUCAGAGUGACCCAAGUCCAGGGACUCCACCCCGCCUGGGAAACCUGUGGGUGACAGACCCUACCCCAGAUUCACUGCACCUCUCCUGGACUGUCCCUGAGGGCCAGUUCGACACCUUCAUGGUCCAGUACAGGGACAGGGAUGGACGGCCCCAGGUGGUACCUGUGGAAGGGCCCGAGCGUUCAUUUGUUGUCUCCUCACUGGACCCUGACCACAAGUACAGAUUCACUCUGUUUGGAAUCGCGAACAAGAAGCGGUAUGGCCCCCUCACGGCCAAUGGCACCACUGCUCCAGAGAGGAAAGAGGAGCCCCCCCGCCCUGAGUUCCUGGAGCAGCCCCUCCUGGGGGAACUGACAGUGACCGGCGUGACCCCAGACUCCUUGCGCCUCUCAUGGACGGUGGCCCAGGGCCCCUUCGACUCGUUCAUGGUCCAGUACAAGGAUGCACAGGGGCAGCCCCAGGCAGUGCCUGUUGCGGGGGAUGAGAAUGAGGUUACGGUCCCCGGCCUGGAUCCCGACCGGAAGUAUAAGAUGAACCUCUACGGGCUUCGUGGCAGGCAGCGUGUGGGGCCUGAGUCUGUGGUGGCCAAGACUGCUCCUCAGGAGGAUGUGGAUGAGACCCCCAGCCCCACAGAACUGGCUACGGAGGCCCCAGAGCCCCCCGAGGAGCCGCUCCUGGGGGAGCUGACAGUGACAGGAUCCUCCCCUGACUCGCUGAGCCUCUCCUGGACCGUCCCCCAGGGCCGCUUCGACUCCUUCACCGUGCAGUACAAGGACAGGGAUGGGCGGCCCCAGGCGGUGCGUGUUGGGGGCGAGGAGAGCGAGGUCACCGUGGGGGGCCUAGAGCCCGGGCACAAGUACAAGAUGCACCUGUACGGCCUCCACGAGGGGCAGCGCGUGGGCCCAGUGUCCGCUGUGGGCGUGACAGCCCCACAACAAGAAGAGACCCCUCCAGCCACCGAGUCCCCUCUGGAGCCACGCCUAGGAGAGCUGACAGUGACAGACGUGACCCCCAACUCUGUGGGCCUCUCCUGGACGGUCCCCGAGGGCCAGUUUGACUCCUUCAUGGUCCAGUACAAGGACAAGGACGGGCAGCCCCAGGUGAUGCCGGUGGCUGCAGACCAGCGAGAGGUCACGGUCUACAACCUGGAGCCUGAGAGAAAAUACAAGAUGAACAUGUAUGGACUACAUGAUGGGCAACGCGUGGGCCCCCUGUCUGUGGUCAUCAUGACGGCUCCCCUCCCACCAGCCCCAGCCACAGAGGCCUCCAAGCCUCCCCUGGAGCCACACCUAGGGGAGCUGACAGUGACGGAUGUAACCCCUGACUCUGUGGGCCUCUCGUGGACAGUCCCUGAGGGUGAAUUCGACUCCUUUGUGGUUCAGUACAAGGACAGGGACGGGCAGCCCCAGGUGGUGCCCGUGGCUGCAGACCUGCGGGAGGUCACCAUCCCUGACCUGGAACCCUCCCGCAAGUACAAGUUCCUGCUCUUUGGGAUCCAGGAUGGGAAACGACGCAGCCCAGUCUCUGUGGAGGCAAAGACAGUUGCCCGAAGUGACGCCAGCCCAGGGGCCCCACCCCGCCUUGGGGAGCUGUGGGUGACAGACCCCACCCCAGACUCACUGCGCCUCUCCUGGACGGUUCCUGAGGGCCAGUUCAACUCUUUUGUGGUCCAGUUCAAGGACAAAGACGGGCCCCAGGUGGUGCCCGUGGAGGGCCAUGAGCGCUCUGUCACCGUCACCCCUCUGGACGCCGGCCGCAAGUACAGAUUCCUCCUCUAUGGCCUCCUGGGCAAGAAGCGCCAUGGCCCCCUCACUGCCGACGGCACCACGGAGGCCCGGAGUGCUAUGGACGAUACUGGAACAAAGCGUCCCCCAAAACCCCGUCUGGGGGAGGAGCUGCAGGUGACCAGCGUGACCCAGAACUCCGUGGGCCUCUCCUGGACAGUCCCUGAGGGCCAGUUUGACUCCUUUGUGGUCCAGUACAAGGACAGGGACGGGCAGCCCCAGGUGGUGCCCGUGGAGGGCAGCCUCAGGGAGGUCAGCGUGCCGAGCCUGGAACCCGCCCACAGGUACAAGCUGCUGCUCUACGGGCUGCACGGUGGCAAGCGUGUGGGCCCCAUCUCGGCCGUCGCCAUAACUGCCAGCAGGGAAGAAAUGGAAACUGAGACCACGGCCCCGACCCCUCCAGUGCCUGAGCCCCACCUCGGGGAGUUGACAGUGGAGGAGGCCACGCCACACACCCUACAUCUCUCCUGGAUGGUGCCUGAGGGAGAAUUUGACUCCUUCGAAAUCCAGUACACAGAUAGAGACGGGCAAUUCCAAAUGGUCCGUACAGGAGGCGACCGGAAUGACAUCACCCUCUCUGGCCUGGAAUCCGACCACAGAUACCUGGUGACCCUGUAUGGUUUCCAUGAUGGGAAGCAUGUGGGUCCUGUCCAUGUUGAGGCCCUGACAGUCCCGGAGGAAGAGGAGCCUUCAGAACCUCCCACCGCAACCCCCGAGCCCCCCAUCAAGCCUCGCCUGGGGGAGCUGACUGUGACAGAUGCCACCCCUGACUCCCUCAGCCUGUCCUGGACGGUUCCCGAGGGCCAGUUUGACCACUUCCUGGUCCAGUACAGGAACGGAGAUGGGCAGCCCAAGGCGGUGAGGGUGCCAGGGCACGAGGAAGGAGUCACCAUCUCGGGCCUGGAGCCAGACCACAAAUACAAGAUGAACCUGUACGGCUUCCACAGUGGCCAGCGCGUGGGCCCCGUGUCUGCCAUCGGGGUGACAGCUGCAGAGGAAGAGACCCCCAGCCCCACAGAACCCAGCACGGAGCCCCCUGAGGAGCCGCUUCUGGGGGAGCUGACAGUGACAGGAUCCUCCCCUGACUCGCUGAGCCUCUCCUGGACUGUCCCCCAGGGCCGCUUUGACUCCUUCACCGUGCAGUACAAGGACAGGGAUGGGAAGCCCCAGGUGGUGCGUGUUGGGGGCGAGGAGAGUGAAGUCACCAUGGGGGGCCUGGAGCCUGGGCGCAAGUACAAGAUGCACCUGUACGGCCUCCACGAGGGGCAGCGCGUGGGCCCAGUGUCUGCUGUGGGCGUCACGGCCCCCGAAGAGGAGUCCCCUGAUGUUCCUCUUGUGAAGCCGCGCCUAGGGGAGAUGACAGUGAGAGACGUCACCUCCGACUCCCUCAGCCUCUGCUGGACAGUCCCCGAGGGCCAAUUUGACCAUUUCUUGGUCCAGUACAAGAAUGGGGAUGGGCAGCCCAAGGCGGUGCGGGUGCCGGGACACGAGGACGGGGUCACCAUCUCGGGCCUGGAGCCAGACCACAAGUACAAGAUGAACCUGUACGGCUUCCACGGUGGCCAGCGUGUGGGCCCCGUGUCUGCUGUUGGUUUAACUGCCCCAGGAAAGGAUGAAGAAAUGGCCCCAGCCUCGACAGAACCUCCCACCCCUGAACCCCCCAUCAAGCCUCGCCUGGAGGAGCUGACUGUGACAGAUGCGACCCCUGACUCCCUCAGCCUGUCCUGGACGGUUCCUGAGGGACAGUUUGACCACUUCCUCGUCCAGUACAAGAAUGGAGAUGGGCAUUCCAAGGCAACACGGGUGCCAGGACAUGAGGACAGGGUCACCAUCUCCGGCCUGGAGCCAGACCACAAAUACAAGAUGAACCUGUACGGCUUCCACAGUGGCCAGCGCGUGGGCCCCGUGUCUGCCAUCGGGGUGACAGGACCCAAGGACAUCCCCCUCACUCUCUCUCCCUCCUUCUCAGCUGCAGAGGAAGAGACCCCCAGCCCCACAGAACCCAGCACGGAGGCCCCGGAGGCCCCUGAGGAGCCGCUCCUGGGGGAACUGACAGUGACAGGAUCCUCCCCUGACUCGCUGAGCCUCUCCUGGACCGUCCCCCAGGGCCACUUCGACUCCUUCACCGUGCAGUACAAGGACAGGGACGGGCGGCCCCAGGUGGUGCGUGUUGGGGGCGAGGAGAACGAGGUCACCGUGGGGGGCCUGGAGCCUGGGCACAAAUACAAGAUGCACCUGUAUGGCCUCCACGAGGGGCGGCGCGUGGGCCCAGUGUCCACCGUGGGCGUGACUGCCCCACGAGAGGAUGUGGACAAGACCCCCAGCCCUACAGAACCAGGCACAGAGGCCCCAGAGCCCCCUGAGGAGCCGCUCCUGGGGUUGCUGACAGUGACAGGAUCCUCCCCUGACUCGCUGAGCCUCUCCUGGACCGUCCCCCAGGGCCACUUUGACUCCUUCACUGUGCAGUACAAGGACAGGGACGGGCGGCCACAGGCAGUGCGUGUUGGGGGCCAGGAGAGCGAGGUCACCGUGGGGGGCCUGGAGCCUGGGCGCAAGUACAAGAUGCACCUGUACGGCCUCCACGAGGGGCAGCGCCUGGGCCCGGUGUCUGCCGUGGGCAUCACAGCUCCAGAGGAUGAAGCCGAGACCACCCAAGCAGUGCCCACCACGACCCCUGAGCCCCCCAUCAAGCCUCGCCUGGGGGAGCUGACCGUGACAGACGCCACCCCCGACUCCCUCGGCCUGUCCUGGACGGUUCCUGAGGGCCAGUUUGACCACUUCCUGGUCCAGUACAGGAAUGGGGAUGGGCAGCCCAAGGCGGUGAGGCUUCCGGGGCAUGAGGACGGGGUCACCAUCUCAGGCCUGGAGCCAGACCACAAGUACAAGAUGAACCUGUAUGGCUUCCACAGUGGCCAGCGUGUGGGCCCCAUGUCUGUCAUCGGGGUGACAACUGCAGAGGAAGAGACCCCCAGCCCCACAGAACCCAGCACAGAGGCCCCAGAGCCCCCUGAGGAGCCGCUCCUGGGGGAGCUGACAGUGACAGGAUCCUCCCCUGACUCGCUGAGCCUCUCCUGGACCGUCCCCCAGGGUCGCUUCAACUCCUUCACCGUGCAGUACAAGGACAGGGAGGGGCAGCCCCAGGUGGUGCGUGUCAGGGGCGAGGAGAACGAGGUCACCGUGGGGGGCCUGGAGCCCGGGCGCAAAUACAAGAUGCACCUGUACGGCCUCCACGAGGGGCGGCGCGUGGGCCCAGUGUCCACCGUGGGUGUGACAGCUCCAGAGGAUGAAGCCGAGACCACCCAAGCAGUGCCCGCCACGACCCCUGAGCCCCCCAUCAAGCCUCGCCUGGGGGAGCUGACCGUGACAGACGCCACCCCCGACUCCCUCGGCCUGUCCUGGACGGUUCCUGAGGGCCAGUUUGACCACUUCCUGGUCCAGUACAGGAAUGGGGACGGGCAGCCCAAGGUGGUGAGGGUGCCGGGGCAGGAGGACGGGGUCACCAUCUCAGGCCUGGAGCCAGACCACAAGUACAAGAUGAACCUGUAUGGCUUCCACGGUGGCCAGCGUGUGGGCCCCAUGUCUGUCACUGGGGUGACGACUGCAGAGGAAGAAACUCCCGCCCCCACAGAACCCAGCACGGAGGCCACAGAGCCCCCCGAGGAGCCGCUUCUGGGGGAGCUGACAGUGACAGGAUCCUCCCCUGACUCGCUGGGCCUCUCCUGGACCGUCCCCCAGGGCCGCUUCGACUCCUUCACCGUGCAGUACAAGGACAGGGAUGGGCGGCCCCAGGUGGUGCGUGUCGGGGGCAAGGAGAAGGAGGUCACCGUGGGGGGCCUGGAACCCGGGCGCAAAUACAAGAUGCACCUGUACGGCCUCCACGAGGGGCGGCGCGUGGGCCCGGUGUCCACUGUGGGUGUGACAGCUCCAGAGGAUGAAGCCGAGACCACCCAAGCAGUGCCCACCACGACCCCUGAGCCCCCCAUCAAGCCUCGCCUGGGGGAGCUGACCGUGACAGACGCCACCCCCGACUCCCUCAGCCUGUCCUGGACGGUUCCCGAGGGCCAGUUUGACCACUUCCUGGUCCAGUACAGGAAUGGGGAUGGGCAGCCCAAGGCGGUGAGGCUUCCGGGGCACGAGGACGGGGUCACCAUCUCAGGCCUGGAGCCAGACCACAAGUACAAGAUGAACCUGUAUGGCUUCCACGGUGGCCAGCGCGUGGGCCCCGUGUCUGCCAUCGGGGUGACAGGACCCAAGGACAUCCCCCUCACUCUCUCUCCCUCCUUCUCAGCUGCAGAGGAAGAGACCCCCAGCCCCACAGAACCCAGCACGGAGGCCCCGGAGCCCCCUGAGGAGUCGCUCCUGGGGGAGCUGACAGUGACAGGAUCCUCCCCUGACUCGCUGAGCCUCUCCUGGACCGUCCCCCAGGGGCGCUUCGACUCCUUCACCGUGCAGUACAAGGACAGGGAUGGGCAGCCCCAGGUGGUGCGUGUUGGGGGCGAGGAGAGCGAGGUCACUGUGGGGGGCCUGGAGCCUGGGCGCAAAUACAAGAUGCACCUGUACGGCCUCCACGAGGGGCGGCGUGUGGGCCCAGUGUCCACCGUGGGCGUCACAGCGCCCCUGCCCACACCGCCGCCAGUGGAGCCCCGCCUAGGGGAGCUGGCGGUGGCGGCCGUGACCUCGGACUCAGUGGGCCUCUCGUGGACGGUGGCUCAGGGCCUCUUUGACUCCUUCCUGGUGCAGUACAGGGACGCGCAGGGGCAGCCCCAGGCAGUGCCUGUGAGCGGAGACCUCCGAGCGGUCACCGUCUCGGGGCUGGACCCGGCCCGCAAGUACAAGUUCCUGCUCUUUGGACUCCAGAAUGGGAAACGCCACGGCCCAGUCCCUGUGGAGGCCAGGACCGCCCCAGACACGAAACCGUCUCCCCGCCUGGGGGAGCUGACUGUGACAGAUGCGACCCCUGACUCCGUGGGCCUCUCGUGGACGGUCCCUGAGGGCGAAUUCGACUCCUUCGUGGUCCAGCACAAGGAUAAGGAUGGUCGGCUCCAGGUGGUGCCAGUGCCAGCUGACCAGCGGGAGGUCACAGUCCAGGGCCUGGAGCCCAGUAGGAAAUACAGGUUCCUGCUCUACGGUCUGUCAGGCAGGAAGCGACUGGGCCCUAUCUCUGCUGACAGCACCACAGCUCCCCUGGAGAAGGAGCCACCUCCCCGCCUGGGGGAAUUGACCGUGACUGAGGAGACCUCCAGCUCUCUGCGCCUGUCCUGGACGGUGGCCCAGGGCCCCUUUGACUCCUUCAUGGUCCAGUACAGGGACACGGACGGGCAGCCCAGGGCAGUGCCUGUGGCCGCAGACCAGCGCACAGUCACCAUAGAGGACCUGGAGCCUGGCAAGAAAUACAAGUUUCUGCUCUACGGGCUCCUCGGGGGAAAGCGCCUGGGCCCGGUCUCCGUCCUGGGAAUGACAGCCCCAGAAGAGGACGUGCCAGCCCCAGAGUUAGCCCCAGAGGCCCCUGAGCCUCCCGAAGAGCCCCGCCUAGGGGUGCUGACCGUGACCGACACAACCCCAGACUCCAUGCGCCUCUCGUGGAGCGUGGCCCAGGGCCCCUUUGAUUCCUUCGUGGUCCAGUAUGAGGACACGAACGGGCAGCCCCAGGCCUUGCUCGUGGACGGCGACCAGAGCAAGAUUCUCAUCUCAGGCCUGGAGCCCAGCACCCCCUACAGGUUCCUCCUCUAUGGCCUCCAUGAAGGGAAGCGCCUGGGGCCCCUCUCAGCUGAGGGCACCACAGGGCCGGCCCCUGCUGGUCAGACCUCAGCGGAGUCAAGGCCCCGCCUGUCCCAGCUGUCUGUGACUGAUGUGACCACCAGUUCACUGAGGCUCAACUGGGAGGCCCCACCUGGGGCCUUCGACUCCUUCCUGCUGCGCUUUGGAGUUCCAUCACCAAGCACUCUGGAGCCGCAUCCGCGUCCACUGCUGCAGCGAGAGCUGAUGGUGCCAGGGACGCGGCAUUCGGCCGUGCUCCGGGACCUGCGUCCGGGGACUCUGUACAGCCUGACACUGUAUGGGCUGCGGGGACCCCACAAGGCCGACAGCAUCCAGGGCACCGCCCGCACCCUCAGCCCAGUUCUGGAGAGCCCCCGUGACCUCCAAUUCAGUGAAAUCAGGGAGACCUCAGCCAAGGUCAACUGGAUGCCCCCGCCGUCCCGGGCGGACAGCUUCAAAGUCUCCUACCAGCUGGCGGACGGAGGGGAGCCGCAGAGUGUGCAGGUGGACGGCCAGGCCCGGACCCAGAAACUCCAGGGGCUGAUCCCAGGCGCUCGCUACGAGGUGACCGUGGUCUCCGUCCGAGGCUUUGAGGAGAGUGAGCCUCUCACAGGCUUCCUCACCACAGUUCCUGACGGCCCCACACAGUUGCGUGCACUGAACUUGACCGAGGGAUUCGCCGUGCUGCACUGGAAGCCCCCCCAGAAUCCUGUGGACACCUAUGACGUCCAGGUCACAGCCCCUGGGGCCCCACCUCUGCAGGCCGAGGCCCCAGGCAGCGCGGUGGACUACCCCCUGCAUGACCUCGUCCUCCACACCAACUACACCGCCACUGUGCGCGGCCUGCGGGGCCCCAACCUCACUUCCCCAGCCAGCAUCACCUUCACCACAGGGCUAGAGGCCCCUCGGGACUUGGAGGCCAAGGAAGUGACCCCCCGCACUGCCCUGCUCACUUGGACUGAGCCCCAAGUCCGGCCCACAGGCUACCUGCUCAGCUUCGACACCCCUGGUGGACAGACCCAGGAGAUCCUGCUCCCAGGAGGGAUCACAUCUCACCGGCUCCUCGGCCUCUUUCCCUCCACCCCCUACAAUGCACGGCUCCAGGCCAUGUGGGGCCAGAGCCUCCUGCCGCCCGUGUCCACCUCUUUCACCACAGGUGGGCUGCGGAUCCCCUUCCCCAGGGACUGCGGGGAGGAGAUGCAGAACGGAGCCGGUGCCUCCAGGACCAGCACCAUCUUCCUCAACGGCAACCGAGAGCGGCCCCUGAAUGUGUUUUGCGACAUGGAGACUGACGGGGGUGGCUGGCUGGUGUUCCAGCGCCGCAUGGAUGGACAGACAGACUUCUGGAGGGACUGGGAGGACUAUGCCCAUGGUUUUGGGAACAUCUCUGGGGAGUUCUGGCUGGGCAAUGAGGCCCUGCACAGCCUGACGCAGGCAGGUGACUACUCUAUGCGCGUGGACCUGCGGGCUGGAGACGAGGCUGUGUUCGCCCAGUACGACUCCUUCCGCGUAGACUCGGCUGCAGAGUACUACCGCCUCCACCUGGAGGGCUACCACGGCACCGCAGGGGACUCCAUGAGCUACCACAGCGGCAGUGUCUUCUCUGCCCGUGAUCGGGACCCCAACAACUUGCUCAUCUCCUGCGCUGUCUCCUACCGAGGGGCCUGGUGGUACAGGAACUGCCACUACGCCAACCUCAACGGGCUCUACGGGAGCACAGUGGACCAUCAGGGAGUGAGCUGGUACUACUGGAAGGGCUUCGACUUCUCGGUGCCCUUCACGGAAAUGAAGCUGAGACCAAGAAACUUUCGCUCCCCAGCGGGGGGAGGCUAAGCUGCUGCCCACCUCUCUCGCACCCCAGUAUGACUGCCGAGCACUGAGGGGUCGCCCCGAGAGAAGAGCCAGGGUCCUUCACCACCCGGCCGCUGGAGGAAGCCUUCUCUGCCAGCGAUCUCGCAGCACUGUGUUUACAGGGGGGAGGGGAGGGGUUCGUACGGGAGCAAUAAAGGAGAAACUGAGGUA